AUGCCGUUAGUUUUACUGUUAUUUUUAUUAAUCAGCUCAAACUUAAUAACUUCCAAUGAAUCAUCAUCAUUUGAUUUAACAUUAAAUAUAGACGGUAUUGAUAAUGAAUUUCGAUUUGUUGAAGUACCAAAAUCAACUAAAAAUUAUCAUCUACCAUCUACAAUUAUACUCGAUGAUACUGAGAAUCCUACACUUCUUAAUUCAUCAGACACAACACCUAUUCAAAACUAUCAUGUAGAAUCGGAUGAGAAUCUAUUCGGUUUCGCUACUGUAGUUAAUAAUGAAAAUUCAAAUUCGAAUCAAUUAUAUGCUAUGAUACAAACAUCCGAUGGAUUAUUUUAUGAUAUUUCUCCACCGAUGUCAAUAUCACAGAUACGAAGAAAACGAACAUUGAAUUCUGAUUAUAUUGUUAGAUCUCAAAAUUCAAUUAUUGAAGAUGCAUAUGUUACUAUCACAUGGAAUAAUAAUAAUAAUAACCGUCAACGACGUGAAAUCGAUGAAAUAGAAAUGACAACCGUUGAUACACUUGUAAAUGAAACACGAGUACCAGCAUCUGAAAGUAUGGGUACAUCUACACUUCCAUCCGUUUCUUUACCUGAUAUAAUGGAAAAUAUAACAAUACCUUCAGCUGAAAAUGAUACUGAAAUAAUAAUGAACUUCACAACAACGACUACAACUCCAAGACCUAUACCUGAAAAAACUCGUCAUUUACAUCUCGAAAUAGUAGCUGUUAUUGAUAGUCUUAUCACCAAUGAUCUUCGAGCAUUAUUAAAUAAAACCGAAUUAGAAACUAUUGAAAUACUUAAAUUAUAUUAUAUUCAUAUUUUUAUGGGUGUUGAACAACUUUACCGACAAUCAUUAUUACAUGAAACACUUGAUGUUCAUAUACGUUUAUCAAAAAUUAUUUUUGCUACUGAUAAACAUCGUCUUCCAUGGGAAUCAUUUAAAAAUAUAUCAUCAAUAACAAAUGCUUAUCGAAAAUCACCUAAUAAUGUACAUUUACGACCUAAUAUUACUGAUCAUGUUAUAACAUUUACACGUUUAGAUCUUAUUGAUGGAGCUGGUUCAGCUUAUGUUUUAGGUACAUGUUUACCACAAUAUAAAUAUUCAAUUGUUCAAGAAGAUUUAAAUGCAUUUUCUGUUACAAUAACAGUUACACAUGAACUUGGUCAUAAUCUUGGUCUGGAUCAUGAUGAAAUUGAAAAUCAAUGUAAUGAUCCACGUUUUCGAUAUAUAAUGUCACCUAAAAAUAUGAAUACAGUUGAUCGUCGUCAAUUACCAUAUUUUUCUGAAUGUUCAAUAGCACAAUUAAAUCAUUUUGCUGAUAAUACAACAACAACAUGUUGGAAAAAUGAAAUAAUUAGUACAAGAAAUGAUACAAAUUUAGAGAAAAUACGAAAUAUUAUAUCAAUGAAUUUAGGACAAAUAGUUAAUGUUCAUCAACAAUGUCAAUUACAAUAUGGACCAAAAGCACUUCCAUUUGUUUCUGUUACAUAUAAUAGUAAAAAUUUUUCAUUAUAUGAAGAAAAUAUUUGUAAUCAAUUAAGAUGCUUUAAAGCACCGGAAGAUGAUUAUAUGUACUGGCAAGAUGGAGCAUUUGAUGGUACUUCAUGUGGUGAAAAUCAUGUAUGCUAUCAAAAACAAUGUAUAUCAACAAAUGAAACAAUGAAAGAAAGUGAUUUAGCUAAUUGUCCAUAUGGAGAUUUAUUUGUACCUAUACCAAUGUUAAAUUUAAUGGAUAAAUUUACAUCGGGUAAUAUGCUUUGUGCAGAUGCACUUGAUUUAUUAAAGACACGUGGUAUGAAUGUAACAUAUUUAUGUUAUGAUUCAACAUUACCUUUUCGUCGUCUUUGUUGUGAAGAAUGCAAAAAACAUUUAAUACCUGAAUGUGGUGAUCUUAAUACAAGAUGUUCUAUGUUUGCACAAUAUUGUGAAAUGAAAUAUAUGAGUGUUAAUGGUGUACCUGUUACUGAAUUAUGUCCAUAUACUUGUGGUCAAUGUCCUCGACAACCACCACCUCCUACAACGACUACUACUACUACAAUAUCAACGACAACAAAAAAAGCGUCUGUAACAAAAUCAGCAAGAAAACUUACUACAAAAAAGGCUAAAUUAACCACACCAAAACCUCGAAAAUAUGUUAAAACUCAAACAUUUGAUAAAUAUACAUGUAUUGAUUUAGCUGAUUGUUCGAAAUUAAUUAAAGAUUAUUCAAAAUUAAAAAAAAAUGUUAAGAAUUGGUGUACAGAAUAUUCUACUAUGAUUAAUGAUAAAUAUUUUGCUGAAAUGUGUCCAAAAUAUUGUUCAUUAUGUAAUAUAACAUCUGAAUGUGAUGAAUAUAAAUUAUGUCGAAAUAAUGGUACAUGUAUUAAAAAUAAACAUGAUACAUAUCAAUGUUUAUGUUCAACAUCAAAAUUUUAUUAUGGUACAUUAUGUGAAUAUCGUCGAACAUGUUUAGAUAAUCCUUGUAAUACAAAAACUGAAUAUUGUUUUCAAACUCAAGGUGAAAAUUAUUUAUGUUUAUCCAAACAAGAUAAAGAACAGAUGCGUGUAAUUUUAAAUGAAAAAAAAUUAAUUUAA